CCUCCCCCUGUCUGGAGUUGGAAAUGACAGAGAGAGAGAGAGAUCUGCGUUGCUGUGUUGGAUCAAAGAGCAAUACGUCUGUUGGGGUGGAACUUGGAAUUAGAAAAAUAACUACGAACCACAACUGGUUGGAUUAAAACUAACACUUAAUUACGAGUUCCCAGUUGGAUUUAGCAUCUAAAGAAGUACGUGGACAGCUCAGAAACAGAGUGAAGGUAUCAUGGCUGCCCUGUUUACUGAGCUGCCCUCCUAGACUUGCCUGAUAUAUAGAUAUACAUACCUUAACAUCCCUGGAAUACACACAAACACACCCACUUUUGACUCUUGGUGUGUAUUUGGGAUGACCACCUCCCAUUUGAACGGCCAUGUUGCUGCGGAGGGAGGAGGAGGAGGAGGAGGAGGAGGAGAUGAAGAGCUGAGGGGAGGACAGCAACACCGGGAAAUGGCCGUCGACUGUCCGGGAGAGCUGGGGAGUCGAACACUACCUCUCCGACGAUCUGCACAGCUGGAGAGGAUACGACAGCACCAAGAGGAUCUUCGUCGUCGUAGAGAGGAGGAGGGUCGGCAGCUGGACCUGAAUGCCUCGCUUAGACUCAGGAAGCUCUCCCAACAUCCCCACAUCGGCAUCGACAACCCCACAUUCCUGCAAGACUCAUACACGUCACAGCAGCCAGCACUUGGCAGUCAGCACACACAUGCGCUGCUGGAGUUGGAGGAGUUGCUGCUGUCACUGAAACAGGUCCAGGGCUGCUUGUCUGACCAGCAGAGUCAAAAUGACAUAGAGCUGGUUCUUGCACUGCUAAACAAGUCUGACUUCCAGUCAGCACUGAAGAUCCAUAAUGCAGUGGCCACCAGCAUGCACCGACCCUCUCCUCCAUACCCACACACACACCAGGCACUUCAGCUGGCUGUGGAGGUCAGGAAUCUCAUCCAGCCAAGUCAGAAAAAAGAGGGACUCGAACUCCACAGCCUGCUGUCAGACACAAACAUCCAGUCAUUACUCCUGGCCCAUGACAGCAUUGCAGAGAGGGAAAUGCAGCCUGAGCCGCUGCCCACUCAAGGAGAAACCCUGACCCAAUGGGGAGGAGAGACUGUCAAGAUAGUUCGCAUAGAGAAGGCCCAAGACAUACCACUGGGGGCGACUGUUCGUAACGAAAUGGACAGUGUAGUGAUCAGUCGUAUUGUUCGAGGUGGAGCAGCUGAACGGAGUGGACUUUUAUCAGAAGGAGAUGAAAUAUUGGAGAUAAAUGGCAUAGAGAUCAGAGGGAAAGAUGUCAACCAAGUCUUUGAUAUUCUUGCGGACAUGCACGGCCUCCUGACCUUUGUGCUUAUUCCCAGCACUCAAAGCAAACCUCCUCCUGUCAAAGAGACUGUGAUCCAUGUGAAGGCACAUUUCGACUAUGACCCAUCAGACGACCCCUACGUGCCGUGCAGAGAGCUGGGCUUGUCCUUCCAGAAAGGAGAUAUUCUCCAUAUUAUCAGCCAAUCAGACCCCAACUGGUGGCAGGCUUACAGGGACGGAGAUGAGGAUAACCAACCACUAGCUGGACUGGUACCAGGGAAGAGUUUCCAGCAGCAGAGAGAAGCCAUGAAACAGACCAUAGAAGAAGACAAGGAACCUGAGAAGUCUGGGAAGCUGUGGUGUGCGAAGAAGAACAAGAGGAAGAGAAAGAAGCUAUUGUACAAUGCUCACAGGAAUGAUGAUAUUGAUAAUGAGGAGGUUCUCACCUAUGAGGAGAUGGCUCUGUACCACCAGCCAGCCAAUAGAAAGCGACCGAUUGCAUUGAUUGGUCCAACCAGCUGCGGGCAGGCAGAGCUUAGGCAGAGACUGCUCAAUAACCAACCAGAACGGUUCGCUGGAGCUGUACCUCAUACCACGCGGAGCCGUCGAGAAGGCGAGCUGAGUGGUCGAGAUUACCACUUUGUGUCUCGUCAGACGUUUGAGGCAGAACUGGCAGCAGGAAAGCUGAUUGAGUCUGGUGAGUUUGAGAAGAACCUGUACGGGACGAGUACAGACUCAGUGAGACAGGUCAUCAACACUGGAAAAAUCUGUGUGCUCUGUCUGCACACACAGGCUCUAAAGGUGUUGAGAAGUUCAGACUUGAAGCCUUACAUCAUCUUCAUAGCUCCGCCCUCCCAGGAAAGACUGCGAGCCCUGUUGGCUAAAGACAAUAAGAACCCCAAGCCCGAGGAGCUGCGGGACAUCAUCGAGAAAGCCCGAGAGAUGGAGCAGAGCUGCGGUCACCUGUUUGACGCGGUCAUCGUCAACACAGACCAGGACAAAGCCUACAACGAGAUGCUACGACUCAUCAACAAACUGGACACUGAACCGCAGUGGGUGCCCUGCUCCUGGCUGCGCUGAAAACACACCAACAUUCACACACCAGUCUUAGAGUACACAUUUCUAGACAUUUAACAAACUGGAACCUAAAAUGUUGUGUGAGCGCUAUGACAGACUGUUAGGGCCACUGUUAUCUGAGAUUUUGAGAGUUACAAUGAUAUGAGAUAAAGUUGUAAUUAUAUGAGAAAACAUCACAAUAUUAUAAGAAAGUAAAAAAAAAAGGUCAUAAUUAAAUGAGAAAUUCAUAAUUUUACAAAAUUAUAAGAUAACAAAAUUCCAUGAGGAAAAGUCAUAAUGUUUGGGAGAUAAAUUAGUAAUUUUACAAGAAAAAGUCAUCCUACUGUGAGAAUAAGUUGUAAUUUUACAAAAAGACACAUCAUAAUAUUAUAAAAUAUUUGCAAUUUUACUUGAAACAUUCAUAAGAAUUUGUGAAUAAAGUUAUUUCACUAGAAAAAAAGUCAUAGUAUUUAUAUAUAAUAAAAUAAUAUUUCAAAAACAGGGAAAAAGGUGGUUAUUUUGAAAACUUAAUGCUAUAUAUUACGAUAAAAUUUAGAGAUUAGAUUACAUAUGCAUGUUUUAGUAUAUCCUGACAGUCCAUAUAUUUAUAUUGUACAGUUACUGUUAUAUGGAUUUGGACAGCAAUUCCACUUUUGUAUGACAGGUAAAUACCAUUAUUGUCAGAUUGAGCUUAGUUCCCAGCAGAGCAUUAAUGUUCACUCAGUGCACAGUUUACUACUAUGACAGUCGAUUCUGUCGAUUCAAGACCGUCAUACAGCCCACUGGAAUGUGUUCCUUUUUGAUGCCAUGAGCAUGUGUUCUGUGUGCUCUUUGCCUCAGCUGUCUGAAACCAAGUACCAACUGUGCUCCAGAAGCUGCUAUAAUCACCUCCAGUUGUGUGACUUAAUACUUUCUCCUCAAAAUAUUACAACUUUUCUCAGAAAAUUACAACUUUAUUCUUGUAACUGUAUGACUUUUUCUUAUAAAAUUACUACUUUCUUGUAAUAUUAUGACUUGUUUUCUCGUAAAACUACAACUUAAUUCUACAACUUUAAACAUAACAUACAUUUUAUCUUAAAAAUAACCUCUGGUAAUACUAUGACUUUAUUCUCAAAAUGUUACAACUUUCCUGUAAAAUUGCUGUAUCUCAUAAAAUACCUUUUCCUCAUAAAAAACUGACUUUAUUUCAGUUAGACUUUUUUUUCAAAAUAAAUUUCAAAUUUAUUGUUGAAAUAUUAUGACUUGUAAUUCCAACUUUAUUCUCAUAUCAUUCCGACUUUUUUUCUUGAAAAACUCAGAUUUUAGUUUUCCUUAACAUUGACCCUAAUACGCCGUUGUAUUACAGAGAGUAGAUACACAGCACACAAUCAGCAUGCUCUGGAAUGUAUUGACCUGGUGGCACUGGUAUUGAUGAAUACAUAGAAUUGCAACUUUGUGUAUUGAGUGUCCUGAAAGGGAGGAUACCCUCGACACACUGAUCUUGGAUGGUGCCUAACUGGUCCAUAAUGUUCUUACUUAGUAGUAACAUUUAUAUGACACUGAUCUCUUUCUUAUCAUCACAAUACUUAGUAAAACCAAAAUAAGGACCGGGACAAUACCUUUUUGUUUUUUUUGGUUUGUUUUACUUAAAGAGUUAUUCUUUCUCAGAUUUGUGGGGCCUCAUUCAUGUGCAUCCUUUGACUUUAUGCUGUGAUCAUUUCAACCAUUAUGAUUAAAAAUAUUUAAAUUAUGACAGUCAAAUUAUUUUCACUUUUUGCAGUGCCAAAAAUCAAUGUAAACAUUUGAUUUUGUAUUCAAGCUUAUUAAUCUUCUAUUGAAUAACUUGCCGUGGCGUUGGUCCCAAGCACAAAAUGGCCCCUGUGAGCAGUAAAUGUGAAAAUCACACGCAUGAACACAUAAAGACAUCAGGUAAAAAAUGUAAAUCCACACUGAGCCACCACAUUUAUUGCUAUGAAGAACACUCACUCAAACACACAUUCUGUACGUAUGCACUGCAGUAGUGCAUUAGAUGCUGACUUUCCUCCGGGGAGUCUGGCGAUUUAUGGCCUGAAGCUGCAGCCUUCUGAACCUUGACUGACUGGUUGAACGGCUGGUUUCUGACUGGCUCUCCUAUUAAAAUGUACGUUAUUGCAAUAAACACUAAAAUAAAGGACACAGCACUUGAUAUUUCCUGGCUGUUUUUUCUGACUGACAUAUGACAGACUAUCUUGUCAGCUGACUCUGUCCUGUCUGAUCACACUUGAGUAGAAAUGACCUCCCUGACGGUUUAGAGGGUAACGAAAACGUGAAAGUUGUAGUUUUUAGUAGUGCUCCUGAAUUUAUUAUAUAUUUAGUGUGCGCAUGUGAACGGAUGUAUGUUUGUGUGCCUGUCUUUGAAGACAGUGAAGUAUUAUGACCUGAAGUAGGCCUGACACCAUAUCACUGUUAAUACUGUGUAGAGCAUUUAUAUAUUUGUAAUAUUAAAAAUAGAUUUAUGAAGUCCAGAAUGCGCCAAUAGGAUUACAGGUUUCACCUCCUGGCCAUUGGUCCAAGAGGAAGAAGGGGGCAGGGCUAAGUGAAAUUAACUGUAUUGAAUGUGAAGUUAAUUGAUACACUUCUUGUUUAUCAGACAUCACUUCUUCCUGAGAAAAUCUGCUUUUUGUAUGAAUAUUCACAAUGAAUAAAUAAAUAGAUGAUUGAUAGAAAAUGA